CAGAUCCUCAGAGAGCGCUGAGCAGCCUGUAAUGAUCACACAGCCCCAUUCAUCUCUUGCAGAGGCUGAGCUCCAGCACAUGUGACCAGGCAAGGAGAGGAUGUGGCCUAUGGGUGGGAGGGCCACUGAUGGUUUCUGUCCUUGGUCCUGGAGCUGUUCAGGGAGGCUCUUAGAGCUUUAGGGAGAUUGGGGACUGAGUACCUGGGCUGUGUGCUUUCAUUCUCUCCCUCCACCCUCCUGCUCUCCCUUUUUGUUUUGCACUCUCUAUUCUUUGCAUGCAUAGUUCUGUAAGCUUCCUCCCCCCCCCAAUGGACUAUUAAAAAGAAAAGGCUGAAUAAACUGAUGGAUUAGACAUGAUGGGAUCAAUCACCAUUGCUCUCCUUCUGCUAUCUGCCUGUUAUCAUCAUCAUUUUGCUGCAAGUCUUGAAGCCAGAUUCGGCUGCUUGUUUGAAGAUGAUCUCUGCAAACCAUUUGAAAUGUGCUUAAACGAUGGAAUAUUUGGGAGGUGCCAGCGGCUUCCGGUGAUAGACGUAUUCAAGUACGAAGUUUCACCGCCCGUCGUACAGCGCCUAAGGGCCGUCCUUCAGAAACUGUCUCAAAGAGGCUUAACUUGGAAAGAUGAUUACACCCAACGAAUCAUUGCUAAUGAGUUACUAAACAUUCGUAAAAUCUACAACAGACAACCAAAACCUGUGCCUUCUGAUGGUUCCGAAACAUCAAGAGGUAUGUCGAUUAAAAUGGACACAAAUAUGAAUUAUGAUAUUGACAAGAAUAAGAAUUUUGCCAAAUCUUUUCAUCAAUACCUUCAGUCUAUUGGAAUUCUCCCACAAUUGGCAGCACCAAAUUUUUACCCAAAAACAAAGACCGAAACUCCUCCAGUUAUGAAUGAAAACAUCAACUCUGACCUUCUCAUCGACCGUGUGCUUCAAAAAUCCCAAGGAAACCCACCCAUGCUAACGUUUGCUUCAGUACCCCAUCAAAAAGCUUCAGAAAAUCUUCCUUUAAAGACGCUCGCUCAGUUUCCAAAGGAGUCGGAAAUGGAUCCAGAGAAAAAAUCCUUACUAGCAGCAUUAAAAGCUUACCUCGACCAGAAAUCUCUCGCACAGACUCCCGAUAAUCUAAAUUCAAAUCCAAGGGCUAAAUCGCCUUCACUUUUUUCUAAUAGAUUCCUUAACCCUCAGCUUAGUCAGACUGAUGGAGUGCUUCCUAAAGAUGAUGAAGGUGGUAGUUUUAAAAUAAAGCCUUACCUUCAGAGACCAAGAAAUAGAGUAUUAUCAAGGCCAAAUGCUGGAGCGCUGUUUUAUAAAUCAAGUUCUCGCCAUGUGGACCCAAAGGACCCUCUUAGUGCUGUAGAUGAAUCUUUUAUACAGAAUGUUGUGAAGGAACUGGGCAGACACAAACUGAACAUUGACACACUGAGCCCUAAAGAGCUGGAUGAACUGGCUGACGUCAUAGCAGACACUCUUCAGAUUGUGGAUGGAAAUCAACUGAGCACCAGGAAGCUUGAAGGAAACAGAGCAGAACAAGAAAUGAAAAGGGUGCAACCGUAUGAAUCUUUAGAAAGUGGAGAUGAAAACAAAGAGUUCAAUAUCACUCUCAGAGGUCGGGAACCUAGUGGAAAAUAUUCACAAUUUGAAAUGAAGGAUAAAGGAACGAGUUCAAGUAAAGAAGAUGUUCACUAUUUUACUGUAAACCCAAAUGGACAAGAAUUUAUGCCUGAAGAACCUUUCAAAGCUGAAGUAAAGAAAUACGGGGAUAACCGUUAUUUCUCAGAUGAUGACGGUGAGGUAAAGGUUGGAGUAGAAAAUGUAAAAAGUGAGACAUACACUAGAGAGCUAACAGCUCAGAAGAAAGCUGUCCAAGACUCAGAUUCCAAAGAGAUACUUGAGCUUCAGCAUUGGAUGUCAGAAAGUCUCACACAAGAUGGAAGAUCAUAUCAGGAAGAACCCAAAAAUAAAGCAACAGAAGACUUGGAGCUACAAGUCAAGUCUUCGAGCAAUGACCAAUACGGUUACAUUGUGACACAGAAAAACCACCUGACUGCGGAGAAGGGUGUGGAAUUACUGAAGGAGGUAGCUGUGAUCUUGAAACAGCAAAUGAAUGCAUUUAGUGAUAUUAGUGUUUCAGGCUCAACUGUCAUCUUUCAAGUGCGUGCCAACGUGAGAAAUCUGACAAAUGAAGACGUAGUGACAACAGCAGAUGCAAACAAGGUCAGGAUUGAGAACGCCACUGAACUGAAAAUCCUUCAGACAGGGGUUGGGGAGAAAAACAAAUUUAAAUUUUUGACUCACCACUUAGAGGAUGAAGAUUCUACAAAAUUUAUCAUUUUGACUCUAAUCUCCAUCGCUUGUAUUAUUGGGGUCCUCACUGGUUCUGGGGUGCUGUACUGUCUGAGACACAGGUCUCAUCACAAGCUCAAGGAGAAGCUAUCAGCUUUGGGAUCUGACCAUACUUCAGAUGCCACCACCACUUACCAAGAGCUAUGCCGACAGCGGAUGGCUGUCAAGACUUCUGAUCGCCCAGAACCAUUGCACAGCUCUCGUAUCAAUAGCAUCUCAUCGCAGUUCAGUGAUGGACCGAUGCCCAGUCCCACUGCCCGGAGCAGUACCUCAUCAUGGAGUGAAGAACCAGUGCAAUCCAAUAUGGACAUCUCCACCGGUCACAUGAUUCUGUCGUACAUGGAAGAUCACUUGAAAAAUAAGAAUCGCCUAGAAAAGGAAUGGGAGGCACUGUGCGCCUAUCAAGCAGAGCCAAAUGCAACGGUCAUCGCACACAACGAGGAAAACGCAAAGAAGAACCGCUCGAUGGCUGUUGUACCAUAUGACCACAACAGAAUCUUUUUAAAGGCAGACAACAGUCAUGAUAAUUCUGACUACAUCAAUGCUAGUCCAAUUAUGGACCAUGACCCAAGAAACCCAGCCUAUAUAGCAUCCCAAGGACCACUGCCUUCUACUGUCGGGGACUUCUGGCAGAUGGUCUGGGAGAACGGCUGCGUGGUUAUAGUGAUGCUUACAUCCCUUGCCGAAAAUGGAGUCAAACAGUGCUACCACUAUUGGCCUGAUGAAGGAUCUAACCUCUAUCAUAUCUACGAGGUAAAUCUUGUCUCUGAGCAUAUCUGGUGCGAUGAUUUUCUCGUAAGGAGCUUCUACCUGAAGAACCUGCAAACCAACGAAACUCGUACAGUUACUCAAUUUAAUUUCCUCAACUGGAAUGAUCAUGGAGUUCCGACUUCCACCAGGUCACUUCUUGAUUUCCGCAGGAAAGUUAACAAGUGCUACAAGGGCCGGUCCUGUCCUGUAAUAGUGCACUGCAGUGAUGGUGCCGGGAGAAGCGGAACAUAUAUUCUGAUUGACAUGGUACUCAAUAAGAUGUCUAAAGGUGCUAAGGAGAUUGAUAUUGCAGCUACCUUAGAGCACUUGAGAGACCAACGACCAGCCAUGGUCCAAACAAAGGAGCAGUUUGAGUUUGCCUUGACAGCGGUAGCAGAGGAGGUGAAUGCAAUACUAAAGGCGCUUCCACAAUAGAAGCCUCACUCCAGCAAGACUCCCACCGGAUAACUCUCUCAUUCCCUCUUCCUAUCAGUAUCUGUAAAUGUUGUUGGAGUUUGUAACCUGGUGUGACCAUGUAUUAUAACCACAUAGGCGAGUGGAGAUUCUGAUCUUCUGGAAACAUGCGCCACUCACUGCAAUGCAGUGCAGUGAUGUGGUGAAACGUACACUCAACUUUUAUUUGGCUGCCAGUUUAUAAAAUGAUGUUCUCUAUUAUUUUUAAUUCUGAUUAAUCAUUUGGAAAAAGGUGUGUGUGAUUCAUUUUAUGUCAAUUUAAGAAUUUUAUACUCUUUUUCCCAACCCUCCCUUGAAUAGAAACCAUUUGAUCGUUGAUCAUUAGUGACCGUUGAUUUAGUGUCUGAGCUUUCACUGAGAAACAAGUUUUUAACAUCACACAGAACACUAAGGGGUGAUUUGAGGCAGAAAUCAAUCUUAGCAUUGUAAUUGGCGCCUGCAGUUUAUUGGUUGCACAGUUUCGUUUCAAUGUAAAGGGAACAUCAAUAUAAUUGCAUUGUAAUUCAUCUUCAAUAUUUACAGAGAACAAUAUAUUGUUUAAAGUGCUGCCUAGUCCUUUCCUCUACCAUUUUAAGUGAGUUUUCGAUGUUCUAAGCAUGGAGUCUACAUCCCCCCUAGCUCUAAUAGAGAACAUGUUGGGUAGCUUUCGAAGCACCACUCCUCCAGUUCUCCUCAAUAACUCGUAAACGAGUGAUGCUGUUUGAAGGACAUGAUGUACGUGGUCUGCUAGUGUUUCUGUGACAUAUACUGCAAAUUAGAGGAAUCUGACACCAAAAUUGGGGCGGAAAAUGACUUUUUUUCAUUUAAGCCUCUUUAUUUACAUUUUAUAUUUUUUUUAUUUUAAUUUACAAUUGGCAUUCUGUCACCUCUUGCAAUGAAUGUAGGCAGGGUAAUCUCAACAGUGUGGAGUACGAUGUAUGGAAAAUCUCAAACUCCAUUUGGUGAAUCUAUGAUUAGUGCAUAGUGUUUAAAUAAAAGGCAAACUCUCCUAUUUCCUGCUAGUGGCUAUUGUACUGCCGUCAGGCAAUGUGAGUCCCUUUUUAAUCACUUAAAUUGAUCUCUGGAAAUUUAUCUCAGAAAGCACAAUAAUAAAACGCUAAGGAAGGUAUGUACAUAACACAACAAAAGGAAAUAAGUACAAAAAGGACAUGCACACACAAAAAAUGUAUAUAAUAAUCCCUUCUUUUUUUAUUUUUUUUUACGUUUUACUAUUUUAACAGGAAAAUUCCAAAUAGUGAAAAUAGAAUUGUACUGCUAGUGAUUAAAUUUCUCGCUGAUAAUGUAGUUUGUGACAAAAAGAGAUAGAUAUAUAUAUGCUGUAUUUAUGGACAAGAUCUGCCCCAAGUAAAGGAGCUCAAUUUUGUGGCUCUUUUUGUACGUUUAUUAACUAUAUCUAUUUUUUUGCGAUGAAUGAGUACAUGCCCCCUCCUCCAUGAAUUGUAACUAUUUAUCAGAAAUACACUCCCUUAUUCACUAUACGACACUGCCAGCAUUGGACCAAACAGAUUUAAGGUGUUACGAUUGCUUUCUGCAUUGAACCAUACCUCCUUUUUAACAAAUGAACCAAAAUGUUAUGUUAAUUGAUUAUUUUUUUUUCUCGAAUCGUGUUGAUAUCGUGGGAAUACAAAUAAACAUGAGCACUGCCGUUUUAA